AUGUCAGUCAUGGAAGAAAGAGAAGAGGAAAUGAUCUCACCCACAGGCGCUGGAGGAAGCAACCGGGGCCCCACUUUCCGACUUGCCCAUUUCCUGGCUCCGACGCUGACUUCGGAUGACGGUGGGUUGCUUGAGGUUCCUUCUACUACUCUCUCCUCUGAUAAUUUGAAUUUAAAUCAAAGUAAGAAUGAAUCCCUUAAAGUGAAGUUUACUGGGUGGAGAUUCCCUUUGGAGAAUUGGAAUGAUUGGACUCAGGGCAUGCAUUCUAAGUACCAUUCUGUGUGGAAAAAAGCUGGGAUCUGUGAGGCAAUCAUGAAUUCCACCUAUAGAAUUCCUCGAAAUGAUGAAUUGAUUUAUGGGUUUGUUGAAAAAUGGUGUCCGGACACCAAUACUUUCCUUUUCCCUUGGGGGGAAGCCACUAUCACUUUGGAGGAUAUGAUGGUUUUAGGUGGUUUUUCAGUUCUUGGCGACCCGGUUUUUAGCUCCACUGAAGGCUCUGAAUCAGAAGGAGUAGAAAAGAAGUUAAUUUCAGCAAGGUUGGAGUUAGGUCAGUCCAAGGCGAGGAAGGCCCGUCAGAAUCAUUGGAUGCAGAAGCACAUGAAUACCGGGAGUGAAAUUGAGCACGAAGCAUUCCUUGCCUUGUGGCUGUCAAGGUUCGUGUUUCCUUCAAAAACUCUUGAUGGUACAAUAGAAAGAAAUGUUUUAUCUAUUGCAGUUCAUCUAGCUAGAGGUACUAAAAUUGCUCUUGCACCUGCUGUUUUAGCUAGUAUUUAUUCGAGUUUAAGUGAAAUGAAAAAGGCUCAUAGUAGUUCCGAAAGUUUACUGCUCCCAAUUUCCGCCCCGCUUCAAUUAGUUCAGAUCUGGGCGUGGGAGAGAUUUUCUUCCUUGCGGCCAGAACCUUUGCCCUUUGAAAAUGAUCAGCCGAUGUUUGCUAAAUGGCACAACUUGUCGAUGAAGAACACGGGAGAUAUUAAAUUAGCGUUAGAUAAAGCAGCUGAUAUCUUCCUUUGGCGGCCGUAUGCUGUUGGAUGGAAAAGCAUAUUUCCUCAUGGGAUUUUCAAAGAAGAGGCGAGAUGGAUCAGAGUUGGUUCCAGCGUUAAGGAAGAACAAGAAAUGCUUGUUAGGUGGCUGAGGGUUAGUGAACUUGUGGGAAUAGAUUCUAACUGCAUUGAACAGUACCUCCCGCAUCGAGUGGCUAUGCAAUUUGGCUUUGAUCAGGACAUUCCAGGUUCUGUAGCACGGGCUAAUGCCAGCCACUACAUGGCUUGGGAGAAUUAUAAUCGAAAAAUUAGGGAUAAAAGAUUGUAUGUUCCAUCUCGUCUCUUUGAGUCAGCUGUUUCAACUCGAUAUCUAGAGUGGUGGAAGAAUGGCAGAUCCCUUUCAAUUGGUGUCCCUGUAAACUGUAAGUCUAAGGGAUCGAAAAAGGAAAGGCUGCUGAGCUCUUUACUUGAGGUAUUGCCCAAGAAAAGGAAGAAAAUUUCCAAAUCUGAGAUAUUAUCCAACAAAAGGCCAAAGAUUUCAAAGUGUGUUAAGAGUUCAUCUGGCGAGAAUUUGAAAGAUGAUUACGUUGUUUCUUCUGGUUUUUCGCCCAUGGCUAAUCAUGAUGAAAUGACUCUGGGUUCUGUACUAGAGAAAUUGGCCCAUAAAAGGAAAAAGGGUUCUGAACUUGAGAAAUCAUCCAACAAAAGUCAAAAGGUUUCCAAGCAUUUUGAGAGUUCUUCUGAAAAGAAUUUGAAGGCUGAUGCUGUUUUUUGUUCAAGUAUUUCUCCGGAGUCUAAUAAUGCUGAAAUGCCGCUAAGCUCUUUUCUUGAGAAAUUGCGCAACAGAAGGAGUAAGAUUUCCAAACUUGAGGAAUCGCCUAAGAGAAAGCAAAAGGUUUCCAAGCGUUUAAAGAGUUCAUUUGAAAAGAAUUCGAAGGAUGAUGCUCUUGUUCAUUCAGGCUUUUCUCCCAAAUCUAAUGAUGAUGAAAUGCUGCUGAGCUGCGCACUAGAGAAAUUGUGCAACCAAAGGAAGAAGAUAUCCAAAGUUGAGAAAUCAUCCAACACUAUUUCCAAGGAUUUUGAGAGUUCAUCUGAAAAGAAUUUGAAAGAUGAUGCCAUCGUCUCUGUGGAUUUUUCUCCCAAAUAUAAUCAUGGGGGAAUUCCACAUUCACAGGAUACUGAGGAACAGCACCAACCUGAACCCCCGAGAGAUGCGUCUGGCAGUAAGGACAAAGCUUUAAAUGCAAUCAAAACAACGGGCACAGACUCUAAGGAGGCCUUCGCAAAUGAAAAGAGGAGUAACAGCAUGGAAAAAGUAGUGGAAAGUGAAGAUGAAAGUUCAAAAAGCAGGAAUCUUGAAGAGGGCAGAGCCGAGGAGAUAGUUGGAUCAGCAGUUUAUCUGAGUACAUCGGAAAAUAAUUUGAAUGAUGAUGAUGCUGUUGUUCGCUCAGUUUCUCAUAAUCCUGAAGAAAUGCCGCAUCCAGAGGGAAUUGAUGCACCAGGAAUGAAAGACGAAGGCUUGGAUAUGAUCAAAUUAGCUGGUCCGGAACCUGAAAAGGUCAGCUUCGAUGAUCAAAUGAUGCCUAACAGCAAGCCAAAAACAGAGGAAAGUGAAAAGGGGAGUUCUAAAACAGGCUCGGAUGAGGAUAAUCAAGAGACUGAGGCUGACUGUAAUAAGGACUUAAACUUGAACACAAUAAAUGGAAGAGAAUGCAGUUUAGAUGCUAUUGAAGAGAUAUCAAUUCAAUGGGACACCAGGCUUAAGAAUCUAGAGAAGAUUGUAGCUGAUUUGAAAAUAAAAUAUGCCUCUGCAAAAAAAUGA